AUGUUUAGCAAUAUUGCAAAAUUUCGAAAUGAAAAAAUCACACCAGGUUCGAGCAAUACUUCGAGUCAAAUUGAAGAAGAACCCCAUUUGGCAGCACAGCAGCCGGUGAAAAAGAAGAAAAGAUCUCUAGGAAGGUUCCCAUGUCGGCAUUGUGAUAAGGUAUUCAGCCGCUCCGAUCAUUUAGCAAGGCAUAAUUUGAAUCAUGAGCCCAAGGAGGUUUAUAUAUGUGACUUUCAAAUUGAAAUCAAUGGACAAACAGCAAAUUGUGGGAAAACUUUUGUUAGAAAAGAUUUGAAAGAAAGGCACAUCAAAAGACAUUUUGAACUACUAAACUCAGAACGUUUGCCUUCUUCAUCGUCAUCAUUACCUUCCCCGAAAACAACAAUAUCUAAUCAUCAAAAUGACACCUUGAAGCGAGAUAAACUGGGUUCGCUGAUGGGCAGCGAACCAUCAUCACCGGCUAACAUUAUUGACACAAGACCACAACAGCAACUCAGUAAUAACAUGCAAAUAUCAAAUCUCAUCAACUCUUCAGCUGAACACAAGAGAUCGUUUAACUAUGUAAAGCCGCAGACUUCAACUUCAACUUCAAUUUCAUCCCCAUCACGCCACCAUGUCGCAUCGGAUUUGAACAAUGUUUUACCGCCGGUAGAACAACCUCCUUUUAAUCAACAAACACCAUCAGCAUACAAGUACCCAAUGGCUAAUAGUGCUAAUGAGCCAUUGCAACCGGCUCCAGUUGAUUUGGAAACUUUGAUUAAAAGUCAUGGUACAACCUUGCCACAAUCAGAUAUCUUGACUUGGUUGUUUAAUGAUACAUUACUGGCAGGAGUACCUAAUCCAUACUCAACCACAGCUUCUUCUUCUUCUUCUUCUUGCGGUGGUGGUGUAACUCGUAAACGCGAUUUACAAAAAGCGUCUAACCUUGUUAAUCACGUUUUCAGUUCUCGUUCACAUCCCCAUCCCCAUCCCCAAUACCAGCCAAAUGCUUCUUCUCCGCAUGGAGGAAACGACUCACAAAUAUCACCCAUGACUCCAAAUGAAUUGAUCGGCUUUGAUUUGCACCACAACCACCCAAGCUUCCCAUUACAGGGAAGUAGUUUUCACAAUGGUAUUUGUGAUACAAAUGUUUUCCUGACCGAGACCAACCCACUAGACGAUCUAUUUUUCACAAAUCACAACCCACUACAAAAUAAGCCAGAAUCUCAAAGUUAUCUACAACAAAGAGCUUCCAAUCUUGCUGCAAACGAUGAAAAUGCACGUCGAUCCAGCUAUCUAUACGCGAGCACUUCAUCUCCUGCAAGCACCAUGGAAUCCGGGAACGAUAAUCGAGCUUCAAUAUCAGAAGCAUAUUCUUCUGAAGAAAACCAGUAUAUUCACCACUCAGAGAGAUGCAACGUUGAAAGGAACAAGGAAUACUUUUUAAAUAAAGAUCUAGUUGAUCGGAUAUUGAGCCCGCUACAUAUAAAAAGGGAAGAACUUUUGUACAUCGAUACCAAUCUUGAAAACCGAUUAUCUUUCUACUUGUGGCUGUAUUGGAAACACUUCCAUACUGAGUUUUCCAUUCUUCACAAGCCGUCUUUUGAUACAACAACAGCUAAUCCAUUGUUGUUGGCCUCGAUGGUCAUUGUUGGUGCGCAAUAUAGCUUCCCCAGUAGUGCUAAAUUCUUGGCUCAACAAAGCAAAAAGUCGCCAGAGUGGAAAAUUAGCUUUACUCUAGCAAAGCCCUUGAGAUUUGCUUUAUUCCAACAUGAAGAUUUCAGAUCACCUGUGAAGUUAUGGAUUCUACAAAGUUUGAAUAUGUUGGAAUGGGCAGAAACGAAUUUUUUAUCACGAAGUAUGCACGAGAGGGCACAUUUACACCAUGGAACUACAGCUCAACUUUUACGGAGAAGUCCCGUUUUAGGCGGCAAUCCUGCAUCAUUGAACAAGAAAAGAAGUAAUAGUGGUAGUGAUCCUUCGAGUGCAGGCGAAGAUAGCGAAGCCGAAGAACUCAAAAGGGCCAAUGAAAACGAGAAUGCAGACCAAAGUUUAUUUGAACAAUGGGUUGAGUCUGAAUCUUUGAAAAGGGCAACAUUUAUGACCUUUUACUUGGACAUUAUCGAUUACAUCAAAUUUCGUCAUAAUCCGCAGAUUCUGUUUUAUCAGUUGCAAUUGCUCAAUUUGCCAUGCAGCGAUGAGCAUCUUUGGGGAUCAUAUGAAAUAAACGGCUCUUUUAAAAAGUUGGCUAAACGUCAAAGAAGACUCCAAGAGGGAAGCAAAAAGAAAAAAUUGCCCAAAACUGAUAGUUUCUUGACUGGUAUUAAAAAAUUGCUCAAGGGAGGCAAGUAUGAGGGGUUAUCGACGGAAUCAGUAUUUUUAAAGAAGAUCUUGCUUGCUGGGUUGAUAUCAUUGAUACACCAAAUGCAACAAGUUGAGUUGCAAAACUGCUCCCCGUUAUCUUCAGCUGGUCAUUUGAACACCACUACCACCGAUAACAACAACAACAAUAACAACAACAAUAACAAUAACAAUAACAAUAAUAGUAAUAGUAAUAGUCAUAAUAAAAAAUGGAAGAAAAUGCUCAUACGAGCUUUCGAUAGUUGGAAACUUGAGUUUAUGCAAAACUGCAAAGGGGCAAAUGGGUUGUCGAUGUAUAGCAUACCCAAUAAUACCGUUUUUUUGCCUAUGUUUUAUUUGACUCAAAUUAUUGGAAUACCCGAGUUGAAUCAUUAUGAUAUAGCAAUAUUCUGCGGGUCUCCGGCAAACCAAAGUGUCGCGGCAUCAAUGAAGGACCACCACAUUGUUCAACGCAAGAUUUACAAUUUGUUUGUGAAAAAUAAAAGCGUAGAAAAUUUGAGGAGCAUAAUUUACUGCUUUAUUUUCCUUUGGCAAGUGCUUUUAGGUGAAAAUAAUGAGCCUCUCGAUUGGGAGCCAAACUGCGACUACUAUGAUAGUUCAGCUGCAAUAGCCGUGGCUGUGUUGGUAUUAUGGAGUUAUUGUUUUGUAACCAGCGGCGUUGAAAGUUUCCAUACUCAAGAAAUUGAACUGUAUGGGUCCCACUUUGAUGAACAACUAGUGCAAUUGAGUGUCGAAGAUGGGUACCAGUACUUGAUACGGAUAAAAGAAGAAUUUAUAACCACUUUGCGUAAAAAACACUUGCACGUGAAAUUUAGCUUACAUCCUUAUCUGGGAACAAACUAUCAUGAUAUGAUAAUCAAAUGUUGCGAGAUAUUGCCGUUUAUAUCAAAUAUGAAAAACAUUUCCGGAUUAUGCUUCUUGAUCGGUGGUAAGUUAGCUACUAGUCAAAGUGAAAUUAUGAGAGAACACGGCAAAUUGGUAAUAAAUUGUGGGAUGAGAUCAUUAGGGAAGAAGAGUAUGCUAUGUCAAGACCUAUUUGAAAAUGAGUUCACCUAA